AUGUAAAAAUUCUUAGCUUUUACAUUGACUAUAUAUUUAGUCUGCUCUGUAGAUCCAAGCAUGGUGUAAUUGAGCACUGAGAAAAUUGAUGAGCUUUCUUAAAGUAAUUUGGGGAGAUUUAUUAUUGAAAUGGCUCAGACUCAUGCAGAAAUGAGAGGACCUUUAGAUGAUUUAGUGACUGCAAUUGGCGAUUUAGAAAAUGAACUGACUGCUGAAUUGCAAUAAUUAGAGGAUGACUUUACUAGAUCAACGAAUUAGCAUCAAAUAACUCAAGAAAACUUAGACAUCAACAUAGGUCAAACAGAAAUCAACAUCUUUAAUGAGAAGGACUUUAUUGAUGCUAUUUUGUUACCAAGCAUAGAUUAAACUAAUUAAAAGAUAGAUAGAUUGAAUGGGUUCAUUAAUGACAACAGAGACUCAUUGGCUAGAGAAACCUUAAAUAGAUAAAAUUAACAUUAGGCUUAUCUGGACAGAGUGAGUGAACAUCAAGGUGCCAUUAGUGCAGUGGAUGAAGCUUUGUAAUUGAUCAAUUCCCUAAUCAAUGGAAACAUUGCAUUCACUGAAAAAGCAACAAUCCAUUAGGCUGUCAAAAGAGUCAAUAGCAAGAUCGCAAAAACCAGCACUAUCCACCCAGUUGUUGAAGCCUUACUGUAAUUGACUCAAAACUUCUCAGAUCAAGGACAAGCCAAGAAGAUUAGAGACUUGUUAUAGGACACCAGAAAUCAAUUGGUUGCUAGUCUGAAUUAGGAAAAUACUGAUGAAAAACAGAUUGAAGAGACUUGGGCAGAGAGAUAAAAAACAUUAAACACUGAGUAUUAAGAAUUCAAGAGAUCACUUCUUGAGGCUACCUACGUUUUAGCUGCCUAUUAAAAUAAGUUGAAAUCAACUCAAGAAGCCUUAACCUAAAAUGAACUUGAUUUACAAAAUUACAAUGAAUCUCUAUAAUAGGACAAGGAUGCUUAGGCCCAAGAAACCCAAAUUUAUAAUGAAUUGAAGGCUCAAUAUUAAAUUCAACUCUAAACUACUAGGAAUGCUAAAGAUUUUGUGAACUCUGCUGAAUUUAGCACAGUCAUUAGAAACAAAUUAAAUUAAGGGGGAUUGGCAUGA